AUGUCGACACCUAUUAUAAUCGGCGCCGUAGUUACAGCAGCAGCACUGGCUGGCAGGUGGGCAUUCAAAGCUGCUCAACCGCUUGCUUCGAAAUCAAUAUUUAGUAAUACAAUAUCCAAGAAACGGCCGAUAGGGGGGUUCGAACGUAAAAUUACUAAGCAAGAAGCAAUAAAAAUCUUAGGCUUGCGAGAAACUGGUAUUAAUAAAGCCGAAAUUAAAGAAGCACACCGCAGAGUAAUGCUUCUUAAUCAUCCCGAUCGUGGAGGAUCACCUUACUUGGCAAGUAAAAUUAACGAAGCUAAAGAUUUCCUUGACAAAUCUGUUCGAUCGUAG